AUCUACAACCAUUUCCAUGACAACUCCGAAGGUGUAAACAUUUGCUUUCCAAGACAAGAAGCUCACAGCUCAUUGGUAUCACUUUAAGACAAUGGAGAAAAUACGUCUCAAUAAAUCAGCUUUAGAAGCAGUGGAUGACUACUGGGAGUACACACGGAUUGUGGGGGGUGAUGAUGGAGGUAAACUGUUCACUCCAGAGCAAUAUGAGGCGUACAAGAGGACAGUGAUCCCUCAGCGAAUGAAAAACAGGCUAUAUGUAAGCUUUGGGGUGCCAGGAAGUAUUGAUUGCAAACUCAUCGGCCCUGAAACACAGUGCUUUUGUAACCAUAGGUACAAAGAACAUAGGACAGAAUUUGAAGUGGUUCCAACUGAGCGUCCCCUGGCUCUACCUUGCCAGGUCAGAAGAUGUAAUUGUGUUGCCUAUCAGUAUGUUCCCCGGAUUGGGCAAAACCCUGUACGCUGCAGGUGUAAACACUUACCUGAAGACCAUAAUGAAGCUACUGGGCACUUGUGCAAAAAAUGCAGUUCCUGUUCUGGGUAUCAAAGCCCCUACAUCUGUGGCUGUGGUCAGCCCAGCUCUGCCCACCAAACCCUGGUUGAAACAAAAGUAGAGAGGGAGGCACGCGGUCAGCCUACAGGCAGGGAUGUUCCCUACGCUGCCAUGGGGGGGCUGACAGGCUUCAGCUCUUUGCUUGAUGGCUACCUUGCUUUGGAGGCAAAUAGCUCAGAUCAAGGCAGCAGAGAGGAUGUCUGCCAGCUGAGAUGCUCAGGAUCAAGGAUCAAAGAAACGUCUACUAAAAACAACUGCACUUUUAACUGUAAGAAAGGAACCCACAAUCAUUGAAAUGCAACAUUAGUGGAGAAUCAACAAACCAGGGAAACUUCACAUAUCUGAUAAGUCUUCUGUGUCUUCUUUUUGGUGCAUUGACAGUCUUUGUCUGUGUCGUGACAUUGUGGGAUAUUCAACUGUCAGCAACAGCAGAGAUUAAAUCCCACCUCAUGACUAUCAGUCAACUGACAAUACAUUGAAACAGAGGUUUGAGUGUGGGAAGCAAUAGGAAGCAUUACUAUGAUGAUCCAUAUUUACAAAUUGACACAGCUUUUUGUUAACUUUGAACAUAAAACCUGAAGAAAACCAGUUUUGACAGAGCCUAAAUACAUUUAAAGACAGACUCAAAAGGACAUUUCUUUCUGCAUUUAUAAUUAAAAAAUCCCAAUAAUCAUUUGAAUUUUCAGGUUGAAUAUGUUGAAUGAGUCAUAGUUAAUUUACCCCAACCAAUUCCUACUUUGAUUCAUUGCAGUUUUUUUUAAAUGUCUUAAAUUUCCCUCUUGAUAUUUGUUCCAUAAACUGGUCAGUUUAUGCAUCUGACGUCCAUAUGACGGAUUUUUUGGAAGAAGACAGAUCCACCCACUCAACAUGUUGCCAAAAUAACAACAGAACCAUGGAGCUACGUGUUCAGCAAUGAGCGCUGCUUUUAAUUUGCAGAUUGAUGUACUGUCUCCGAUUGAUUAAUCCCAUUCAUCACGGCAGAUCAGCAGUGAUGAGAGCUGAUUUAAUCCAUGCAGCGAAUGGAGACUUGGUCUUUUUUUCACUGGCGGCCCACUUUCCAACCAGAAACAAAAUUAACAGGAAUCUAAAUGAGGAUUCACACCCGCUCAAAUAAUUCUACUGUGAGAAUCGGAAGUGAAACUGGAUCAGCGACUACACUGGUGCUGGUCAAUUCUUCUCAAGUCACCUGUGCUGUAUUGUAAGCAUCACCUGAGGGGGAACGUGGUGUCUUUGUAUGUGUGUGUGUGUGUGUUUAAGGGAGCUGAACAGGUGGCCGUGAGUCAAAGGAUGUGAGGCUGCGUCACAAGGACAGCAUGGGUGCACCUGGGUCCCCUCGGGACUCGGCUGAGGGGAAGGGAUCCCAUCUGAAAGCUAACACUUCAGAUUAAGUGUGUAUCUUCGAUGACCAUGGUAUCACACACACAUACACAUUCACAGCUGCAUACAUGCCCUGAACCUAUCAGGUUUUCUCCCUUCGCAUCACAGAAUAGCUUUGUUGACUGCUAGAACCAACCAUUCUUAAAUCAAACACUUGACCACAGUUUCCACUGCGUACUCGUGGACAUUUUGACUCACAAAGAAAAACCCAAUUAAUCUAAGAUGUAAAGGUCUGACACAUUAGUGUGGCACAAUUACAAUUUAAGAUAAUUGCCUCUCCUUAGCAACCUCAUUUAGGACAAGUAAUUGACUUUGGACAUUGGUUGAAGGGAAUAACUACUACACUUCCCUUAUCCCCAUGGAAACCCCGCCCAGCUUGACUGACAAGAUACAACUCUACAAAUAAGGGUGAGAACACACAAGAUUAAACUGGCAAUUACUGCACAAGGAAACACUUAAUUACCCCAGAGCACAUAGUCUCCUGAUUUCCCCACAGACAGAGAGAGAAGUAAGAACAAGUGAGAGGUGCAGAGAGGCACAACAGACUGACAGGUACAAAUCACUAAGAACUGCCAACUAGCUAGCACACAAAAAGAAAAAUACAGCUCAAAGUCGCAACAACUUUUUUGUCUAUGUCACUGACAGUGCACAAUACUCUCUUCAUGGUCCCACUGUAAAGCUUUGGAUGUGUAAAAGUAAUCAUCUGUGAACAUAAAAUCAGUUGUUUCUGUUCCCCUGAGGUUACUUUUCACCGAACUGUACACCUCAGUUUUACUGAGCGUCUUGGCACAUUUUAGCUCAUCUUUCUGGUCGCUUUGUUCUGUUCACAGAUCAUUUAUUCACAUUCAGCCUUUUCAUUUUUGUUGAUUUCUUUUCACCGAGCAUGUUAGCAUCUUGUAGCUUCUUGUUCUGUUUCAUUUUGUCAUUCACUGAGCCUUUAAGUAUGUUAAGAGUAAUGUUUGGGUUAUUUUGUCUCGUUCACAGAUGAAUUAGCAUAUUUUACUGUAGCUUAUAUAUAUAUAUAUACAUAUAUAUAUUUUUUUUUUUGUUCACAGAUCAUUUUAGUAUAUUUGAGCUUGUUUUAUUUGAUCUGUUAUUGUGUUUCAUUCAAAGACUCUGUUUUGUUCACACAGUAUUUGAGUAUCUAACAGCUAGAAGUUGUGACUGUUUGUUUUUUGUUCAAAGUCUUUUAGCAUCUUGGAGCAUAUUGUUAAGGUUAUUAUUUAUUUUUCACAUACAAUUCUUGCAUCUUUGAGCUUAAUGUUUUAAUUGUUUCAUUUUGGUGCACUCACACUUCCUCUCAUGUGUUGUGUUAAUGACUCAUCAAGAGCCAAAAGCUCUUAAUAUACUCACUGUACACAUGCCUAUCAUUAAUGGUAGAGGGAAAACAGUUUUGCAGCUAGCCUCUUAUUGUGGCUGUGAAUCUAGCCCCUACAGAGCAUCAUAUUUACCUGAGAGAGUACUAUCAGAGUUAAAGGGGAGUCAGU